GUUAUCGACAAUCGUUGACAAUCGUUCACAAUCGCGCCCGCUUUAUCCCACGAUUGUUAUUAUCCAAGCCCAUUUAAUUAGAAUCAACAGGCUCCCACAAUUAAGCAUCUACCGAAUUGAUUUGCCGCGAUGCAGAAUCCGGCCCAGGGGAUCGCUCCUGAGCUCCUCCCCCAUGUCCACUGUCUCUCCGUCUAUCGUUUUCCGACACUCCAAACGGUUCACCAGAGCAAGAUCGCCGACUGGCUGCUUUCCGCGCCCAAGAUUGCUAACUCGAGCGCACCAUUCUACUGGACAUAUCUGGAGCGCCCUCAGGAUGGACUGAUCCUCUUGACGUGGCAGCCGGAGGCACAGGCGGGGACCAACUUCGCAAGCGAUGGUUACAUUUGGGCGGGGGCCGAGACGGUUUAUGCGAUGCCCGUGGAUAACUUUGUGCUCGAGAUAUAUCAGCACAAGGCAGGAUUUGCGCCUGGCGAUGCGGUCGCGACACAUGCUAGAAGACGAUACAGACUAGUCCCUGGGAAAUUCCCAAACCCAGGCGGCCCAGCACCAGACCCAAGUCUCUGGGUUACACAUUACUACCCAGCCAGCCCUGGAGACCGUGUGCCUACCAAUGUCAUCCCCACCGACAUGCGCAUCCAGUCUAUGAUGCAGACGCGCGCCUAUCUCCAGAGCCAGGGACAGAUCCAGCAGAAGGAGUUCAUGCUCCACGACCGCAGCAAGUGGCCGCAGAUCCAGUUCCCAGGCAGGGCACCACAGCGAGCACCUGCGUACUUCAGCCCUAUGCAGACACGCACGCCGCAGCAGAUGGCAUACCCGGCUCAGCACAUGACGCCAGGGCCAGCACCAAAGCGCGCGCGCACCCAGCCAAACCAGCAGCAUGCGGCUGCUCAGGCUGCGCCUGUGGAGAUGAUGGAUGAUGAGGAGGAUACGUCCCGAGGUGAUAUGUUUGAUCAUAUGACACCAAGGGAAGUGAGCCAGAGCAGGUACAUCCAGAACCACGAGUGGAUGGAGGAGGUUAUCAACUCGCCCAUCCCCAUCCACCAUCUUGUGCCCGUGGACCUUGGCCUCGGCCUUGGCGGCGAGUUGAAGAAGGUCACCAAUGGCAUCUUCGAGACAUACAACUCUGCAAAGUAUAUUGAGGAAGGAAAAGGCGGCGAGAACGAGUACAUUGGUCGUCUAGAUCCCGGCAAGGCGGAUGAAUUUAGAAAGAGGGCCGCUGAGAAGAUUGAGGCAGACAACAAGGAGAUUGAGAAGCUCAAGAGACGUCACGCGAGGCGUAUGGCAAAGCUCGCCAAGAACGGCACUGUAACUGAAGCCGAGAAGGCCCUACGAACCGCCGUUAACGACCCAUCUGACGUCGGCACCGAGUACUGGCGUCUCGAGGGCAAGCUCCCCUCCAACGACGACUCCGACUCUGAAGAGCCCGCCCCCGCGCUCUCCACAGCCGCAAAAGUCGACAACAUCGUCGCACAGCUCGAAGCCUCCCUCGGACUCCACACCGCAGCUGUCAAAGAGCUCCGCCGCCUCCACGACGGCGGUCUCCAAGAGCGCCAGCCAUCCCCCGAACCCGCGCCCUACGUCCCCAGCGAGGUCGCUUCGCCACAAGCCCCUAGCCCACGCAGCGCGCACAGCAGCCUCCUCGCCGCGGACCACGAGCUGGAUAUGGGAUCCGCGGCCGGUCUGCUGGAUCAAUUCCACACCGGCUUUAGCGCCGCUACCACGCCCGGGAAUAGCUACACACCGCAUCACAUCCAGGGGUUGUCGACUGUGAACUCCUCCGCCCCUAGUCCGGCGCAGCAGCAGCCGGAUGUGGAGAUGGGCGGCACGGCACAGGAGGCAGAGAAGUCUGAGGCGGGCGACUGGGUCGUCGUGCCCCCAGGCGGCGUGUCGCCGACGGGGGUUGCACCACCAGUUGCCCAGGCACAGAGCCAGGCUCCUACCCCUGUCCCUGUUCCUGCGCCAUCUGCACCUGCACCGGCUGGGGAACAAACCUACGCUCCCCAAAGCGCCCCCCAAUCAGCGGCAGCUACGCCUACAGCACCCGCACUCGCUCCACCAGCUGCUACUGGAGGCGCGCAGGUGGGCACGCCCGCCGCGCUGGGGGUGACAGCUGCUUCUACGCCGAGGGUUAGUGAGGCGGCUGAGCCGGUGGAUUUCUCGGGUCUAGAUGAUCUGGAUACGGCUGGGGAGCUCGGGGAGUUUGAGGAGAUGGAGGGAGGGAUGGAUUUGGUUGAUGACAGCGCGUUUGGGGAGGCGUUUCAUGGGGUUGAGGGUGGGCAGGAGGAGGGUCAGGGGGAGGGGGGUGGGAUGUAA